UGAAUAAGAAAGAGAAUUUCUCCCUCCUAAGCCAUGGCAUAUCAGUUGUACACAAAUACCACUUUGAGAAACAGUCUUCAGGAGAGCCUCGAUGAGCUUAUACAGUCUCAACAGAUUACCCCCCAACUUGCCCUUCAAGUUCUACUUCAGUUUGAUAAGGCUAUAAAUUCAGCAUGGGCACAGAGGGUCAGGAACAGAGUCAAUUUCAGGGGCUCUCUAAAUACAUACAGAUUCUGUGAUAAUGUGUGGACUUUUGUAUUGAAUGAUGUUGAAUUCAGAGAGGUGACAGAACGUAUUAAAGUGGAUAAAGUGAAAAUUGUAGCCUGUGAUGGUAAAAAUACUGGCUCCAAUACUACAGAAUGAAUAGGAAAAAAAAUGGCUUUUUAAUGCCAUCCUGUUAUUGUUCAUCGCUUUUUGAAGAGAAGCAU